UUUUUCUCUCUCAUUCACCAACAGAGUCAAGUAAUAAGAAGAGCCAACCAACAUUGCAGCCCACCAAAGGAGAGAAAAAAAAUGUCAUCGGAGAAACCAAAAGUGUCGCCGGAAUUUGAAACUUCCGGCAUGAAUUUGCAGGAAACAGAGCUGACUUUAGGCUUACCGGGUGAGUCUAGAACACAAAAGUCCGGGACAAAACGUGGGUUUUCGGAGACGGUUGAUUUGUGUCCAGGCAGCACUAGUGCCGGAAAAGAAGAGCAGUCGGAAAAUGAAAUCUCUGGCACAACAAAACCUCCAACAGCAAAGGAACAAAAGGUGGGAUGGCCACCGGUGAGAGCUUUCAGGAAGAACUUGAUGAAGAAUUGCAAGUACGUAAAGGUAGCGGUGGACGGAGCUCCAUAUCUGAGAAAAGUUGAUCUGGAGAUGUAUUGCAGUUACCAGCAGCUGUUGGGUGCAUUAGAGGAAAUGUUCACUUGCUUUACCAUUCGUGAUGUUCUGAAUGAGAGGAGGCUGAUGGACCCCUUGAAUGGAGUGGAAUAUGUACCAACAUACGAGGACAAAGAUGGGGAUUGGAUGUUAGUAGGAGACGUUCCUUGGAAAAUGUUUGUUGAAUCAUGCAAACGACUUAGGUUGAUGAAAUACUCGGAGGCAAUUGGAUUUGCUCCAAGGACACCCCCAAAAUGUUCCAGCUCAGGUUGUUGAGGAGACGCUUUUAUUCGGAAUUGCAUGUACAGAGGAGAGGCUUUUUAUUACCCUUUUCAGGAGUUAGUAGGGAGAUUAGGAUUAUAAAUAAAUUUUAUAAUAUUAUAGAUAUGCAUUUCAUUAUCGGUUGGUUACUAUAUACUAUAUAGUACAAGAAUCGAUGUUGAGGGCUUUUCUGCUUCUUUUGCACUUGUAAUAGAUGGACA